AGAUCAGAAGCAAAGCCUCUCGCGUUCAGUCCCGUCGUCGUUCGUUCGUCCGUCGCGGAGUGCGUGAAAGUCAGAGAAAAAAAAAGUGGUGCCCCUCUUCGGAACCUGUGCCUACGGCGGAAAAAAUGGCCAUUGGUGGCCACGGGCACUCCGACAACGUGUGAAAAUCCUCGCCCGAGACGGGUGCGAUCCGGAAAAGGACUCUCCAGUCCGGUCCGUCGAAUGCUGCAUCCGACUAGUUCCGAGAAGCAACAACCAAACAGAAAGAAAAAAAACAACACAAACUUUGUAACCGUUCGAAAAGUGAAGUGAGUGUGCUAGAUUGAGUGUGGAAACGAAACAAGUGCGCCGCAAAAAAAAUGGCCGAAGAUCCGACACCUAAAAUUCAGGUGUUCCGACCGACGUGGGAGGAGUUUAAAGACUUUGCCAAAUACAUCCAGUACAUCGAGUCGCAGGGGGCCCACAAGGCUGGGCUGGCUAAGAUCAUCCCGCCGCCGGAAUGGGUCCCGCGCAAAUCGGGCUACGACCUGGACGAGCUGAAGAUCACCAUCCCGGCGCCGAUCUGCCAGGUGGUCGCCGGCAAGCAGGGCCUGUACCAGCAGAUCAACAUCCAGAAGAACCCCCUCACGGUGAAGCAGUUCUCGGAGCUGGCGAACACGGAGCGGUACGCGACGCCGAAGCACUUUGACUACGAGGAUCUGGAGCGCAAGUACUGGAAGAACAUUACGUACGUGGCGCCCAUCUACGGGGCGGACGUGUGCGGCAGCAUCACCGACGAGGAUUGUAAUAUUUGGAACAUCAACCGGUUGGGGACGAUUCUGGACUAUGUGAACCAGGACUAUGGGAUAUCGAUUGACGGUGUCAACACGGCGUACCUUUACUUUGGCAUGUGGAAGACGACCUUUGCGUGGCACACGGAAGACAUGGACCUGUACUCGAUCAACUAUCUGCACUUUGGUGCGCCGAAGACGUGGUACGCGGUUCCGCCGGAGCACGGCCGCAAGCUGGAGAAGCUGGCCAACAGUUGCUUCCCGGCGAGUUUCAAGACGUGCGAAGCCUAUCUGCGCCACAAAAUGACGCUCAUCAGUCCGCCGAUUCUGAAGCAGCACAACAUCCCGUUCGACAAGAUUACGCAGGAGCAGAAUGAAAUUAUGAUCACGUUUCCGUUCGGGUAUCAUGCCGGGUUCAACCACGGGUUUAACUGUGCGGAAUCGACCAACUUUGCAAUGCCACGUUGGAUCGAGUACGGAAAGCGAGCGACGCAGUGCUACUGCAGCUCGGACAUGGUCAAGAUCUCGAUGGACACGUUCGUGAAGCGGUUCCAGCCGGAAAAGUACGACUCCUGGAUGAACGGCACGGACUUUGGUCCGCAUCCGGAGGAUCCGUCGCACAUUGUGGGACCACCGCCGCGAGUGCUCGAGUGCGAUAAGGACGAGGGCAUCGAAUCGUUCUCGGAAGAAGGUGCUGAGCAGAACGGCGCUACGAUGAAGAAGGCCUGCAACAUGUCCGUGGAUGCGGCCAGCCUCCGGAAGAUGUCGUUCAAGGAGAAGAACCCGGACCUGGAUCUGAACGAUAUUCAGAACAAUCCGCACAUUCCGGACGACGUGAAGAUGGUCCUCAGCGGGGCGGCACUCACGAUGGUCGACGACGUGGACGAGGACUUUGACGACGAAGACGGCAAGUCGCCGAGCAAGUCGGAUGCCGCCUCCGACAGCUUCAAGUCGAGUUCGUACGAUCCAUUCGGCACGGAAGACGAAGAAGAACGGGAGCUAGAGGCGAACGCAAAAGGCAAGAAGCGCAAGAAAAAGAAAGCCGAAAGCGAUUACGACGACGAUUGGUACUCGACAACGCAGGGUCGAUCCCGCCGGAACUCCUCGCCCCGGAAGCGCUCCUUGCGUGAGCAGCGUGCGGCCGAAGUCAGCCGGCUAGAGCGGCGCGCCAAACUGGACGAAAAGCGCAAACAGCGCGAGGAGGAGAAGAAGGCUCGCGACGAGGCACGGGAACGCGAACGGAUGGAAAAGGUGAUAAAGAAAGAACGCGAUCGUGAGGAGCGCAAGGACCACGCCGACAAGCUGAUGUCGGACCCGAAGCGCAAGGCGAUGGACCGCAUCAAGGAACAGAUGAGCAAGCAGCGGACGUCACCUGGCAAGCCGACCAACGGCCAGCAGUCACCGGCGAUGAAAAAGAUCAAGAGUCAGCUGAUGCGGGAACUGCCGCCGUCGUUGAAAAUUCUGGAGCAUCAUAAAAAGUUUGAAGACGGUGGGGAAGAUGCUCCGACCGGAAGUCCUGAGGACGACAAAGCCGCUCUUCACAGCUUGCUCGGACUCACGGUCAAGCAGGAACCGGUGGAUCCAGCGGACCACGCUCCUGAUCAAAUGCCGUUGCAGACCCCGGUGGAAGGUCAGGGCGAAACCCCACGUGGCAAAUUUGCGAUCGAUUCCGACACCGAAUCCAUGGACAGGAGCGAUGCGACCGAAUUGGAAAGUUUCCUCUCGCGCCGAAAGCGGAUCCCGUACACGCAACCCCAGCUUGUCGAGCUGGAGAAGCACUUUGCCGAGAGUCAGUUUUGCUUGCUGCCGAAGCGGUUGGAGAUUGCUACCGCGCUAAACCUAACGCCGAGACAGGUCAAAAUCUGGUUCCAAAAUCGUCGCGCCAAGAUCAAGCGCGUCAGCACUGGAUGGGAGAACCGUGCCCCGGGAACUCCCACCGCCAAGAAGGUUAGAACCGAACCCGCGGAUCCAACCUCGGCGGAGGCCCCAGCAACAGUGACCGCAGCCGUUGCUGGCGACGUGCCCAACCUUCCCGGUGUCAAGACUGAACCUAAGGAUCCCAACGACGUCUCGCCUACGACUGAAGCGGCGGCCGCGGCUUCAGCGCCAGCAGAUCCAUCGCUGCCAGCUCCACCGAACGCAGCAGCAACAACACCAACACCGUCAACGUCACAGCCGCCCAAGCUGCCCACCAUCCGAAUUCACGUGCCCGGUGGCGAGGGCGAAAAGUGCCGCCGACGGCGCACCAACUUCACCAAAGAGCAGCAGGACAAGCUGGAGGACAUGUUCGCGGCGAAAAAGUAUCUGAGCUUUGGCGAGCGGUGCGAGGUGGCCGUCGCGCUCCGGCUGAACCCGUUGCAGGUUCAAGUCUGGUUUCAGAACCGCCGUGCGCGCUUCAACAAACAGUUCCCCCAGAAUGCCGACAAGCUCGAGCAGGAGGUCAAAGAGGAGGCGGCGCUGGACAUACCGGCGGAAGAUUCCGUUCCGGAUGGUUCCCUGCCCAACGCUGAGCCCGCUCCAAUUCGGAGCACACUCUCGGUGCUGGCCGGCAGCGGUGCCGCCACCAAGCCAGGUUGCGACACUCCGGAACCGAUUUACAGCUCAAUGGCACCCGUUGCGGUGAAGGUUGAGCCGGGGCUGGAGCAGAGCCCGCCGCCACCACCACCGCCGGUCGAAUCCAACAUAAACGAUGAAAUCAGCGAAAUUUGCGACCUGACUAUCGCAAAGACACUUGCGCUGCUGGCGUCGGCCCCCGUCGUGGCCUCGCAGCUCGUGGCGGAAGUUAAGGCUGAACCGGUUGCUGCGGAGGAGGAAUCAACGUCGGUAGAAGGAAUUGACCUGAACGGUGCGCCUGAAAUUGACAUCAAAUCGGAGUCGAUGCAGUUCUUUGAGGGUCUGGAGGAACCUGCCGCUAAAGCAACAAACUCGGUUGCAGAUUUGAGCGGAAUUGUUGUCAAGUCGGAACCGGUUACGUUGGAAAUUUUGGAAGACGAUUUGGUCGCACCCAAAGAGUUUGAACCCGAACCGUUGGCUGCUCCAGUUCCGGAAGUUCAAGCCGUUCCUCCCAAAGCCGUUGAAUCAACUUGCCAUAAAACAGAUUCCAACCCGGUUGUCCAACUUGUCGAACCAGAGCAGCAUGUAAAUAGCGUAAAUUCACCUGAGCUAGAUUCUCAACCGGCAGAAGCAGCAGUAGCGAAAGUUAUGGAGGAAGUUGCUUCCGUUAGUGAAUUCAAAGGUGGUCCGACCCCCUCGGAACCGCCACUAGUUAAGGACGAGCCGGUUUCACCUAGUGAAACGACAGCGGAAAUCGUCACCGGCGAGGUAGCGUCCUAAUCGCUAUGCUAUUGUUAAUAUCCCUAAUUUGACCACCGAGCCGAUUCCUGUUCGCAGGCACAUCACGUGAAAGAAGACUAAUUUUUUCGUCGCUUGCGUUAGUUUUAAUUUGUUUAUGAUUUCCAGUAUUUUUUUUUAUUUCUCAGUUUUCGGCCUAAGUUAGUGAAUUUAUUACGUUUAAAAUUCAACACUCAAAAGUAUCUCGCGGGAAGCCCUCAAAAUUAGGCACGUUUCGGGAUUUAUUUACUUCGGACCCACGACGGGCUUCCCGGCUUUUCGUAUUAAGGCACUCACCUGUUUUUUCGGAGAUGUUGCGGUAUGUGAUUUAUAAAUAUUUUUUUCCGUUGUGUUAAGGUAAAUUUUACGUUCGGUUCGGAAUGGCACUCGGCGCUCGUUUUACAUCACAGUGUAAAUGUUCUACCAAUACGCAAAUUUGCGCGCGUCAAAAAGUCUACAUUAAAAAUACAUAUAUCGAAUACGGUACUUUUAGUGAUGUUGUAGAAAGCAUAAUAUAUAAAGAAAGUGAGGAAGCAUCGU